AUGGAUAUGAAUGACGAUGAUAGCGAUAACUUACUUAUUAAUAAUAAUAAUAAUAACUCUAAUACUCUAAAUAACUCUAAUAACUCUAAUAAUAAUAACAAUAAUAAUAAUAAUAAUAAUUUAAAUAUCGAUUAUUUUAAAUUUAUUUCGAAUGAUUCAAAAUUUCAUCAAAACAUCACCGCACGUGGAACUUUAUCAAAUAAUUUAUCAAAAUCAAUUUUGCGAAAUGUCGAAAAUAAUUUUAACGAACUACGUAACGAAGUGGACAAAUUCGAUCAUAAUUUAAAAUGCAAUCUUAACAAAUCGGAAAUAAUAGCGACAAAGAACAUUAUAUCAUACAUCAACAGCGACGACUUCAUACCAAACACUCCCUCUAUUAUUAUUGCAGAUGAUGUCAAGGUUUUAGCAUACACCAAGUGGAGAAAGGAUAUUGUUGCCAUCCUCGCCAAACGCAAGUUCACUCUUGGUACUUCCAAAUUAGCUCGUGUCGAAUAUUUGGUUAAGGUUGGAAGAGCUCUCGCUUGGGUACCACUACCCGGUAAUACUCUAGCGACUAAGUUUAGCUCUGCUCAUCCAGUUCCAGAUCCUACAGACGGAUGUGUCGGCACCCGUCUCUCGCAAUCGUUCUACACUCUUCUCUCUAACAUGAACACAACACUUUCAACACUUGGGAUAUCAUGCCAUGGAGAAUCGUUCUACACUCUUCUCUCAAACAACAACAAUACAACAAUAACUAAACUUAUUCUCUACGAUCUCGAUGAUCAACAUCUUCACUGGACUUCCAAUAUGUUGAAAUCAAACAAACACAUCGAGAAACUAAACAUUGAAUCGUAUUUCGAAGAUGAUGAUCGUGAAUUACCAAACGAAACACUUCAAGAAUUUAUUUCUAUUGUUGAUUUAAAAAGAACACUUAGAAUCACUAUAUCCGAUAAUAAUGAGGAUUUUCAAAAUUUAAGAAAUUUAAUAAAUAAUAAUUAG